UUUGUGUUUAAUUUUACUUUGCCUUUAUUUUUUCACGAGUAGCACGUCUCUUUGUGUACGACCGACAAACCUUACUGGACAUAAGAGAUGAACUUUCUCAUCACUUUCCGGAGUUCAAGUUUUGCAACACGGACCCUCUGUUUGCAGACCCCCCAUUCAUCUCACCUGAGAUGCCUUUGUUCUCUGGCCCAGGAGGCCGCAAACGCCGACGCAGAGGGAGAAGAUCUGGCGUUCUGAUUCUACUGAGACGGCGCACUAACAGACCACCGUUACCCAGUUUAUUACUGGCUAAUGUGCAGUCUCUGGAGAACAAGCUGUGCGAGCUUCGGGCAUGGAUCUCAUUCCAGCGAGAGAUGCGGGACUGCUGCGUGAUCUGCCUCACAGAAACCUGGCUAUCGGACAAGGUACCAGACUCCGCAAUACAACUACCGGGGUUCUCUGUGCACCGCGCGGACAGGUCACAGGAUCUUACUGGGAAAAGCAGAGGCGGUGGUGUGCGUUACAUGAUCAACAACAGCUGGUGUGAUUAUGCGAACGUGCACCCGGUCAAAUCCUUCUGCUCACCGGACCUGGAGUACCUGAUGAUUAAGUGCCGGCCAUUCUGGCUACCGAGGGAAUUUACAGCAGUGAUUAUUACGGCUGUUUACAUUCCCCCACAAUCCGACACUGACCGAGCACUCAGGGAACUGUACAGCGCGAUCAGCAGUGAGGAAACCGCACACCCAGAGGCGGCGUUUAUCAUGACCGGGGACUUUAACAAAGGAAACCUGAAGAAAGUUUCACCAAAACUCCACCAACACAUCCAUUUCAACACUCGUGGAGACCGGCUACUUGACCACUGCUACACCUCUUUCCGGGAUGCAUACAAAGCCCUCCCCCGCGCCCCAUUCGGCCAAUCAGAUCACUGCUCCAUCCUGCUCCUGCCCGCCUACAGGCAGAACCUGAAACAGGAAGCUCCAACCCUGAGGGCGGUGCACCGUUGGUCGGACCAAUCGGAGUCUACGCUGCGGGACUGUUUUGAUCACACGGACUGGGAAAUGUUUCAUGUGGCUGCUAAUGACAUUGAUGAGUACACAGACUCA